GAUACAUUCUAUGAUGGAAAUAACGGGGUGGGGACCAAAUUGUGGACGACGAUCGUUUCCGCAAAGGAAGAUUUUAUUCUGAAAAUCAUCCAACAUCAGCCAUGGAUGACCAAGGAAAUAAAGUCAUAGUUUGUGAUAAUGGCACAGGGUUCGUCAAAUGUGGAUAUGCUGGUGCCAACUUUCCAGCGCACACUUUCCCAUCGAUGGUUGGGAGACCUAUUAUCAGGUCACAAACCAAAAUUGGAGACAUUGAAGUCAAGGACUUGAUGGUUGGAAGUGAAUGCAGUGCUCUUCGCCAGAUGUUGGAAGUGAAAUACCCGAUGGAUAAUGGCAUUGUCCGGGAUUGGGAAGACAUGAAACACGUGUGGAACUAUACAUUCCAAGAAAAGUUGAAAAUUGACCCAAAGCAUUGUAAAGUCUUGCUCACUGAACCUCCAAUGAAUCCAGCAAAAAAUAGACAGAAAAUGGUAGAAACAAUGUUUGAGGAAUAUGAGUUUCAAGGAAUCUAUGUUGCAAUCCAGGCUGUGUUAGUUCUUUAUGCCCAAGGCCUUCUGACUGGUGUAGUUGUGGACUCUGGUGACGGCGUGACCCACAUCUGUCCCGUGUACGAAGGAUUUGCUCUUCCUCAUCUCACUAGACGUCUGGAUGUUGCUGGCCGAGAUAUCACCAAGUACCUUAUCAAGCUCCUUCUCCUGCGAGGCUAUGCUUUCAACCAUUCUGCUGACUUCGAGACGGUGCGAAUGAUAAAAGAAAAGCUUUGUUAUGUUGGGUACAAUAUAGAGGAGGAAGAAAAACUAGCCUUAGAAACAACGUUUUUAGUCGAAUCUUACACAUUACCAGAUGGGAGAGUCAUCAAGAUUGGCGGAGAGCGCUUCUCAGCCCCUGAAGCCCUCUUCCAACCUCACCUCCUAAACGUUGAAGGUGUAGGUGUUGCUGAAUUGCUCUUCAACACCAUCCAAUGUGCCGAUAUUGACACUAGACCGGAGUUCUACAAACACAUCGUCCUGUCGGGAGGGUCAACCAUGUACCCAGGUCUCCCGAGCCGACUGGAGAGGGAGCUCAAACAGCUCUACUUGGAGAGGGUGCUCAAAGGAAACACAUCUUCAUUGGCACGAUUCAAGAUUCGAAUUGAAGAUCCUCCAAGACGUAAAAACAUGGUAUUCUUAGGUGGUGCUGUUCUUGCCGAUAUUAUGAAAAAUAAAGAAGAUUUCUGGAUGUCACGUCAAGAGUACCAGGAGAAGGGAAUUGGCGUUCUAGAAAAAUUGGGAGUGGCUCCUAAAUAAACAGUUUAGACAUUUAUAAGAAGUGCAGGAUUAUAUUUAUGCUGUCUGGCAGGCCAGUCCUUGUGUUGCAUCGAUGCAGAGGAUUCAUUGAUAUUUUCUAUUGUUUUAGGGAAAGAACCGGCUUGUUUAUUGUGGUAUUCUGACCUAGAGUAUUCCUUAGAUUUCAAUUUUCACCUAACACCACAUGUUGUUGGCAAAUCUUGGUAAACAGCAGCAUUUUGUGUUGUCCUUGAGUUGUUCUGCUUUAUAAAGUUUUCAUCCAUGACUAGGACACCGAUCAUGUAAACUCAAGGUUACUGCAAAACCUUUUAUUUUAUCGGCAGCAGAAUCUAGAAGACAUAGGUCCGAAAAAAUUAAGGGGUUUACAAUUUACAGAUUAAUUCAAUGAAUUAGGUGGUCUUAUUUAAUCAAUCAAUUAUCGCUUAAGAACUUAAAACCGCUAAAAAUGGUAGUUUGACGCCUAAUCUAUAUUUUACUGUAUAAAUACUGGUAGAAGAUUGGUUCAAUUGCAUGUGAAUAAUCAGGUAACAUUUCUAUAGUUUGCAUCAAUCACAAGUGAAGAUGCUACUUUUUAGCUGUAAGAUGAUGUGGAUCGGACUCACUAGGAACAACGAAGUGUCUGUGCCUCACUCCAAGGCUUGAAAUCACAUUUCUGGUCACAAUUGGUGUAAGCAGGAGCAGAAGACACUGUGUGAAAUGUGCUGUUAAUUGGUGGCUAUUAAACGGUGAAAGUUUAGUAAUGUGGAGUUAUUCAUCCGUGCUGUGAUUUGAUUUAAAUGGUGAUGAUUCAAUGUUUGUUUGGCUUGAUUAUUAAUGUAACUUAUGUAAUCUCAGACUUAAUAUAAGAUCCAUAGAAAUCUACCAUGUUAAAGCCUUUAUUCUUUCUAAAAUGUAGCUUGUUUCAGUCUGACCGUCACUACACUUGUUUAACCUAGUAAAUCCUGCAACAGAUGGGCACUUAUUUCCAGUUUCCACUUUGAUUAUAUCUAGGGCUUAUUUAGCUUAUAAAUCGUAUAGUUUGUUUUGAGGCUUUGUACUUACAUGUAGUUAUCCAUGAAAGUCUAGACUGGUUGAGCCGGGAACUGUUAUGGAUUGGUCAGGUUGUGGUUUGGGAGAUUUCAGGAUGGGGAAGAAUUGGGGGGGGGGGGGGGGUAUAUUUUAUAGAUACUAAGUAAAGGGGAGGGUAGGAUCCAUUCAAUCCCAGUUAAAGUCAUUCUUUGUCCGUAGCUCUCCGUACUGUUUUGAUUUUGAUUGAAAUGGUUAAGUGCAGUAUGUGCUCUCCUUAGUUUGUGCAGAAUGGUUUCUGGAUUGGGCUGGGAGAUGAAAGUAAACUGGUAACUGUUGUACAUGGAUGCGCUAUGUAAGAACAAUUGGAUUCACGUGUGGAUCGAGAACAAGGGUGUUUUGUGUAUAGUUUAAUUUACUGCUGUAUAGUAUUGUAUAUAAUUUGAAUAAUAUGAGUGUAGGGUCGUAGUAUACAAUAUUGAGACCUUUUUGGUGAUUUCAUUUAUGUUUUUAUGGAUUUUUCUCUCAAUUCUCCUUUAACCCUGUAAGCCCUGUGGACUUGGGUGGACCCUGGCUCUGAUAGGAAACAUACUGUAUAUUAGACACUGAAAUGCUUGGAAAUACAAAAUGGAACUGAUUUAGAAUUUUGAAAACUUUCCUUGGCAUCCUCGGUUUACAUUACACAUGUUGUCAGUUAUCAUGGUCUUCUGGUUAUGAAAAUAUGUGAAAAGAGCAGAGGGCCUUGAGUAUUGAAGCUGUGUCUUGCAAGGAAGGGGUUAAAGGGGAGUCUUAUGACCCAUGCACCAGUUGAUCACAUCCAAGAACAACAGUGUACUGGCCCUGUAUACUUUCUCAAGAUUUGUAAAACAAAUAAUGACCAAAUACUUUUCAAAGAGA